AUGGUCAACUCCUGUUGUGGCUCUGUCUGCUCUGAGGAGGGCUGUGGCCAAGGCUGCUGCCGCCCCAGCUGCUGUGUGUCCAGCUGCUGCAGACCCAGCUGCUGCCGCCCCAGCUGCUGUGUGUCCAGCUGCUGCAGACCCAGCUGCUGCAGACCCAGCUGCUGCAGACCAAGCUGCUGUGUGUCCAGCUGCUGCAGACCCAGCUGCUGCCAGCCCAGCUGCUGCAGACCCAGCUGCUGUGUGUCCAGCUGCUGCAGACCCAGCUGCUGUGUGUCCAGCUGCUGCAGACCCAGCUGCUGCCGCCCCUGCUGCCGCCCCAGCUGUUGCAGACCCUCCUGCUGCCACUGCUGCAGUCCUUGCUGCCAGCCCUGCUGCCGCCCCUGCUGCCGCCCCUGCUGCUGCCUGCGUCCAGUCUGUGGUCAGGUCUGCUGCCAGAGCACUUGCUACCGCCCCACCUGUGUCAUUUCCACCUGCCCCCGCCCCAUGUGCUGUGCCACCCCUUGCUGCUGCUGA